AUGGAGACAACCGGCUUCACUGAAAACCAGUUGACAGUCAGAGAAGCAGUCAAUCAAGUCUGCGCCCAGUUUCCCAACACUUACUGGCAAGAACGAGAUCAAACCGAGAAGGACCCGAAGGAAUUCCAUGCCGCCCUCGCCAAAGAUGGCUGGCUCGGUAUCGCCCUGCCGGAAUCGCUCGGCGGCUCCGGCCUGGGAAUCUCGGAGGCAACCAUGAUGAUGCAGACCAUCACCGAGUCCGGCGCGGGAAUGGCCGGCGCCCAGUCCAUCCACGCCAACGUUUACGCGACACAACCUCUCGCCAAGUUCGGAACCCAGGAGCAACUCGAAAGCACGAUACCCAACAUCAUUUCAGGAAAGUGGCGUGCGUGUUUCGGUGUCACGGAGCCCAACGCCGGCCUCGAUACUUUGCGCCUUUCUACCACGGCGAAGAAGCAAUCCGAUGGCUCGUAUCUCGUUACGGGUCAGAAGAUUUGGAUCACAUGCGCCCAAGUCGCCUCCAAAAUGAUUCUCCUCGCUCGGACAAAAGCGCUUGAGGACUGCAAAAAGCCGAGCGAGGGGCUGUCGCUCUUCUGCAUCGACCUCGACCGAUCCCAGCCAGGUCUCGACAUGCGCAAGAUUAAGAAGAUGGGCGGCCGCGCGGUGGAUGCAAAUGAGGUUUUCUUCGACAACUACGCCAUUGCUGCCUCCAGUUUGAUCGGCCAGGAAGGUCAGGGGUUCAAGAUUAUCCUCCACGGCAUGAACGCCGAGCGCUGUCUACUUGCUGGUGAGGCCUUGGGUUUGGGCUAUGCUGCAAUUGCCAGAGCAUCCGAAUAUGCCCGCGAUCGCGUCGUCUUUCAAAGGCCAAUUGGUCAGAACCAGGCUAUUGCGCACCCUCUUGCCGAUGCUUACAUGAGACUGGAGGCUGCGAAAUUGGCAACUUACCACGCUGCAAGGUUGUAUGAUGCCAGCAAAGAGGAUUCGACCAUUCGUCAAGAUGCCAUCGGAGUCGCAUGCAACAGCGCCAAGUACAUGGCUGCUGAGGCCGCCUUCACGGCUUGCGAGAGAGCCGUGCUCACGCAUGGAGGGAUGGGAUAUGCUGCAGAGUAUGACGUGGAGCGGUAUUUCAGGGAAUGUCUCGUUCCGCGUAUCGCUCCUGUCAGCAGAGAGAUGAUUCUGAAUUACAUUGGGGAGAAAGUGCUUCAGUUACCCCGAAGCUAUUAG